AUGGAGGAGUGGGCUGUGGUCGUGGACGGGGACUGGGCUCCGGAGCAGAACAAAACCGUGAAGAACAAACUUCUCAAACACUUCCUGAGCGAGAGGAAAGCCGGCGGCGGAGAGUGCAGCGUGAGCACCGAGGACGGGAAAGCCAGGGCCCGUGUGCUGUUCAGGUCCCGCGAAGUGAGGGACCGUGUGCUGUCCAUACAGAACCAUGAGAUCACUGUGGACCAGAGGAGAGUGGCGCUGAGGCUCAGUGUGGAGGCUCUCUCACCGAUUCAAACACACUCAUGCAGUGAUCCAGAUCCACAGAAAAGUGAGUCUCAGCCUCAAAGGAAUGAAGAUCUGGCCCAACAGUUAAAACCAGACUGUGCUCCCUCUGCUGGACUGGAGGCUGGCUGCAGUGUGUCUUUGGCCCCGUUGACUGAGAAGCUGACCAGAGACCUGCUGUGUAUUCUGGUAGAGAACGUCUGUGGUUUAGAUGAAAGAGAAUUUGACCUAGAGCUGAUCUGGGACUGUAGCAUUGCCGUGGUAACCUUCAAGAAUAACACAGACGCAGAGAAGUUCAUGUCUUUGAGUCAGAGUAGAGGCAAACUGAAAAGCAGAGGCCUGACUGCGACUCUUCUGCAGCCGGCGAAACAUGUGCGAGUGGAAAACCUGCCCCGUACAACGAUCAAGGACAUGUUGGAUCUGUAUUUUGAGAAGAAUUGGGCGGCACCAGACGACAUCCUGAUGAUCCAAGAGGAGCAAGCUGCACUUCUGUCUUUCUCCGACCCCAAUGUGGUGAAGGACAUCUGCUCCAAAACUGACCUCAUCAUCAAGUCCACUAAGGUCAAAGUCUACCCUUACCACCAGUCCCUGGGGGUGGCUCUGAUGGGCGCCGAUCGACCCGAGUUCAAAAUACCCGAAGCGUUCACUGAAAACGUGCUUGUCCCGGUCUGGCGGUUUCUCUGCAGUAAAAACCUCUCCGACGCCAUCAACGAAAAGAUGAGUCAGCACUUUUGCCAGGUCAACAUGGACACGCCGCAGGUCAAACUCAGCCCUCUCCCGAGCUUUCUGCGGCAAAACAACCUCACCAAAGAGCGUGUGGAAAACUGGAGACCCGAAGCUUUGAAGGCAUUUCGAGGGCAAAUGAACGAAUAUGGCGCCUUUGAUUGUCCUGUGAACAGCGAGGCGUGGAGACUGGUGGAAACAGAAGUGCGUGGCAUAGUGAAGGAAGACGCAGAGCUGAUUUUGGAUUAUUCAAAAGGCGUUCUCACCGUGGCUGCAAGUUUCACAACCAUACGACAAGUCAGGGCCCAAGUGGAGGGAGCGGUUCGCAAAAAGCUUAAUCAAAUCGAUCGAGAAAAGAACGGGAUUGUGGACAAGAUGACACUAGAUCCAGCCGUGUUUCACAUUUUAAAUGAAAGCGGGCUCCAGAAGGCUGCUAAAAACAUCUCUUCUGAUCUCUCCUUUAACUUUGACAAAGGAGUCUUGACAAUAGAUGGAAUGCAAGAAGUAGCUGAACAUUUAAGCAAGUUUAUUCACGACUAUUCCAAAGUGCAGGAGAGAGUCAGGGUCAAAUCGUGCGCUGUUGUUCACUUCAUUAAAAAAAAGAAGCUGGAAGAAUGGAACAGAAUUGCCAAAGAUAACCAGGUUAUUGCAGAGUUUGACCCGGAGCGACCCAAAUUCACCAUCUCUGGGCCACGCAUUCACGUCCACGAAGCCAAAUCGCUUUACCAUAAACUCGCAAACUCUCUCUUAAACGAUACGCUUCAGGUGCAGAAACCCGGGGCCAAAAAGUUCUUCAUGACCCAGGGAGCGUAUUUUCUUUCAACCGUCUUGAACGAUGUCGGAUGUGCAGUGAUUUUGCAUCCCGAUCUCCCUGACGACGACAACGAUGACGAAUGUGGAGAUCUCUCGGAGGUUGAAGAAGGCUCAUGCAUGGUACAAGUCAAAACGAUGAGAGGAGUUGAGGUUUUGGUGAGAAAAGCAGACAUGUCCAAGCUCAAAGUAGACGCGGUGGUGAAUGCGGCGAAUGAGGAUCUGCAGCACAUUGGCGGGCUAGCGUUAGCGCUCCUAAAUGCUGCAGGGCGAGAUUUGCAGCGAGAUUGCGACAAUUUCAUCAAGCAAAAUGGGAAGCUUCCUGCAGGCCAGACCUUUGUCACUCGGUCAUACAGACUUCCGUGCAAACAUGUUAUCCACGCGGUCGGGCCAAAAUACACAGAAAAUGGAGCCAAACUCGCACAUUUUCUCCUCAAUCUCGUGGUGAAAGAUUGUCUUACAAAAGCAGAAAAGUAUCGGUGCACGAGUGUAGCCAUUCCGGCCAUAAGCUCAGGGAUUUUCGGUUUCCCUGUGGAUCUGUGCGCAGAGACAAUCGCCCAAGCUGUCAGAGAAUAUUGCGAUGACCCGGAGAACCAGCAGGUGGCGCUCCGACAAGUGCAUCUGGUGGACAACAUUGACAAGACUGUAAAGGCUUUGGCUGAUGCUGUGAAGAGGGAGUUUUCUGAUCUAAAACCAACAACAAAAUCCAAGCUCCAAAUCCAGGGAGCUGUGGGUGGAUCUGAGCCUGGAUGGGAAACUGUGGUUUAUGAAGAUAUCGACCAAGCACAUCGAAAAGGUCCUGUUCAAAAGUCGACGAACAGGAGAAUCGUCCCUCAAAUCAAACCAAGACUGGGGCAGAACCUGGAGCAGACCACAGCAGAAGGAAUCAACAUCAGGCUGGUGAAAGGAAACCUCCAGGAUCAAACUACGGACGUGAUUGUGAACACCAUUGCAGAGAACAUGGACCUCCAGCAGGGGGCAGUGUCUAAGGCUCUUCUGCAGGCCGCGGGCUCCGGGCUGCAGGCCGCCGUGCUCUCCUCUACUUCCCAGGCGGACACGCUGACGGUCGGAGAGGUAGUCGACACAGACGCCUUCAACCUGCGCUGCAAGAAAGUGUUCCACACUGUGUGCCCGCCCUGGGACAAGGGGGCGGGGCUGGCACAAGCGAUGCUGGAGGAGAUAAUCCACAUGUGUCUGAACAAGGCGGAGAGACAGAGCUUCAGCUCGGUGGCGUUUCCUGCUCUGGGGACGGGGAACCUGAAGUUCCCACGCCCCGUGGUGUCUGCGCUGAUGCUGCGCGUGGUGCAUGAGUUCAGCCGCAAGCAGAGUCCCAGGCACCUGAGGAGCGUGCGGCUCGUGGUGCAUCCAAGCGACACGCAGACUGUGGAGUGUUUCACCAGGGAGUUCAAAGGACAGAACACUGAGGCAAGUGACCAAUCAGGACACGAGGUUGUGCCAUCGCCACAUCGCAACGACCAAUCACAGCAGCCCACAGCCUCUGGUGUGGCCCCUCCUCCAGGCUCCUUCGGACCGGUGACCAUUCCGUCUCUCGGGGUGUAUCAGAUGCAGAUGGGUCAUGUGACCCUCGAGGUCUCCUCAGGGGACAUUACUAAAGAGAGCUGUGAUGUCAUCAUUAACUCGUCCAAUCAGAACUUCACAUUGAAGACUGGCGUGUCCAAGGCCAUCCUGGAGGCAGCUGGUCGAGGAGUUGAGCUUGAGUGUGCAAAGAUUGUGAGCUCUCCUGGAUACCAGGACAGGCCUCUGAUCAUCACGUCUGCUGGGCAGCUGCCGUCUAAAAACAUCAUCCACAUCGCAGGAGCCAACAAGCCCCCAGUCCUGAAGGAAGUAGUGUACUCUGUGCUCAAACUGAGUGAGGAGAACAGUUUCACCUCUGUGGCCUUCCCCGCGAUUGGCACAGGUGCUGGGGGUGCAAACCCGUCCCUCGUGGCUGAGGCCAUGGUGGGGGCCGUGGAGGACUUUGUGAAGAAGAAGCAGCCAAAGACUGUGCGCAGCAUCAAGAUCCUGGUCUUCCAAACAGCGAUGGUCCCAGACUUUCAUAAGAGCAUGAAGAGCAGAGAGGGGCAGCCGUUGGAGAAGGGCCUCAUGGACAAGUUCAAAGCGUUUGUGUCGCCUCUGACUUCGUUCCUGGGUUUAAGCAGUGAAGUCAAAGAGAGUCUGGUUCUGGAGAGCGAGGAGUUUGAGCCCACCGUCUUUGAGCUCUGUGCAGAGAAUCAGAGGGCGAUCUCAGUGGCAAAGAAGAAAAUCGAGGACUGGAUUCUGACAGAACAGGCUCACAGAACCAUCACGGACCCCAUCCUGGUUCAAUUAGGCUCCAGUGACGUGCAGCUGCUGAAGGAGCUGCAGAAGAACCUCACGGUGCAGAUCAGACUGGAGACAAAGAACCCAGAGGAGGCAUGCAUCCACCUGGAGGGACUGACCCGAGACGUGUCCACAGCAGAGUCCGCCGUCAGGUCAGCACUGGUACUGCACUGUGCAGAGCAUGAACAACUGUGA